AUGAAUAUAUUUCGGCUGCUAGGGGAUUUAUCCCAUUUGCUUUCAAUACUCAUUUUAAUUCACAAGAUGCAUGUCACUAACUCAUGUUCCGGUAUAUCCUUUAAAUCGCAAGCACUUUACCAGAUGGUUUAUAUGACACGAUAUCUUGACCUCUUUUGGACCUUCGGAGACAGUCUCUACAACACAAUUUUCAAGUUACUCUUUCUCGGAUCCUCUGGGUACACCAUCUAUGUUAUGACAACCGCAUACAAACCCACUCAUGAUCCAAACCUUGACACCUUUCGAGUUCAGUACCUUCUUGGUGGUGCUUUUGCGCUCGCCAUAAUUUGGCCCUACACAUACACACCCUCAGAAAUCUUAUGGGCUUUCUCAAUAUGGCUUGAAUCAGUUGCAAUUUUACCGCAACUUUUCCUUCUACAACGCACUGGGGAAGCUGAGACCAUUACUGUACACUAUUUGGCUGCUUUGGGGACAUAUCGUGCGCUAUACAUUCCUAACUGGGUUUGGCGAUACUGGUCUGAAGGGUACUUUGAUGGGAUAUCGGUUAUUGCAGGUCUUGUUCAAACGGUUCUCUACUCAGAUUUCUUCUGGAUUUAUUACACCAAGGUCAUGAAAGGAAAGAAAUUUUCUCUACCAGUAUAG